AUGGGCAUCAACAAUAAUGGCGAUAAGGCGGUGAUUCCGCUGAUCAUCAACAACGAAUCGGUGGUUACCGACACAACCUUCGAAGUCCAUAACCCUGCAACGGGAGAACUGCUGGACCGUUGCGCCGGUGCAUCUGUGGACGAUGCCAACCACGCGGUGGCAACUGCAAGAGCUGCUUUCCCCAGCUGGAGCAAGACCAGCCCGUACGAGCGCAGGGCGAUUUUGACCAAGGCUGCGGACGUCAUGGCCUCACGAAAAGAAGAGCUGAUUCGUUAUCAAAUGGAGGAAACUGGCGCGGGGAGGAUGUUCACAGAGAAGACGUUCCAGUUGGGCGUUGACUUUUUGAGGAACUUUGCAGCAAUGAUUCCCACUGUUGAGGGCAAAGUACCCACUAUCGCUCAUGAAGGCGAGUCCGCCAUGGUCGUGAAGCAACCAUAUGGCGUUGUUCUGGGCAUUGCGCCGUGGAACGCUCCUUAUAUUCUCGGAACUCGCGCUAUUGCUCUUCCGUUGGCCGCCGGUAACACAGCGAUUCUGAAAGGCUCCGAGCUGUCUCCAAGAUGUUUUUGGGUGCUGGGCGAUAUUUUCCGGGAAGCUGGUCUUCCUGCGGGGUGUUUGAAUGUGUUAUACCAUAGGUCAUCAGACGCGGCUGCGGUCACCAAUGCACUUAUCGCACAUCCAGACGUGCGCAAGAUCAGCUUCACGGGGAGCACCAUCGUUGGGUCCAUCAUCGCUUCCACCGCUGGGAAAUACAUCAAGCCAGUACUGCUUGAGCUGGGUGGCAAAGCCUCCGCCAUCGUCUUGGAUGACGCCAACCUAGAAAAAGCGGCAAUGGGCUGCGCGCUCGGUUCGUUUAUGCAUACUGGCCAAAUCUGCAUGUCAACGGAGCGCAUAGUAGUCCAGCGAGGUGUAGCAGAGGAAUUCCAGAAGCUGCUUGUCGACGCAUCUGAGAAACUCUUCGGCAAGAAUGUGCCAGCGCCAUACCUUGUUACUGCUGCUGCUGUGAAGAAAAACAAAGACCUAGUGGCAGACGCGGUGUCAAAGGGCGCCAAUGUGGUAUUCGGUGAUCCCACGGCUAGCGAGACUUGCGCCAACAGCCUGCGGCCCGUUAUUGUGGGCGGCGUCACCAAGGACAUGGACCUCUAUGCCACCGAGUCAUUCGGACCGACGGUGUCUCUCAUCGUUGUGGACAGCGAGGAGGAGGCUAUCGAACUCGCCAAUGACACUGAAUAUGGUCUCACAUCAGCAGUUUUCACCAGCAACCUGUUCCGAGGUCUCAGGGUGGCCAAGCAAAUCGAGUCGGGAGCUGUUCAUAUUAACUCUCUGACGGUUCAUGAUGAGUCUACGCUUCCUCAUGGCGGAUGGAAGAGCAGUGGGUUCGGACGAUUUGGAGGCACUGCUGGCUAUGACGAAUGGGUGCAAACCAAAACAAUCACUUGGGUUGAGUAA